AUGGCCACCACCCUCGACCCCCAACUGCGGGAUAGUGGUUGUGCCACAACAUCCACCUCCACGACCUCAACGAUACCUCUCUCGAGUCCCCCUCGUCGCCGGAGCCCUGUAGAAUCUGACAGGAUUCGUGGCUCCCGAGACUCCCCUUCGUGUAACAAGGAAAAGGAACCCUCUCGCCGGAAUUCUGCGUUUCUCGAAGUUGGCCUCGGCGGUGAAGAUGCCAUUGUCGACUCGAAACUGAGAAGAGACUCCCGACCAAAGCUCCAAGUGCGUUUUCGAAGCGACGUCGAUGUUGUCGAACCCAAAGUAAUCGACAGGCCCGAAACGUCCCCCGUUGACAGACUACCCCGUCCGCAAAUGUCUACGUAUUUUCCCACGCUGCCCAGAUUGCUCUUUCUCGCUCUGGUUAUUUUGCUUGUGGUCCCAAGUCUGCACCAUUCUCCAUUGUUGAUCGCUGGGGCGAAUCCCCUCAGUCGUAAAGCUGGAUCGUCGCUGGCGAGGGCGCCAUGGCUGGGGAACAAGAGGGAUGCACUUCCAGGAAACGUCAAACGAGAGAAGAGUGCCACGGAUGUUUGCAAGAGGUGGUCAGGGCAGAGCGCCCUGGUGAACGGGACACUGUUCUAUUACGGAGGAAGAGCAACAACUAGUGCCGACCAGACCUCAAACGAAUGGAAUAACGAUUUCCUGACACUCGACCUGACCAAGUCCUGGCAGAUUUCUUCGCCGUCACUGACUGGCCUGCCAGUCCCCAGCGGACCCCCUGCGGUGUCGCUUGGCUACCUGUGGAAUUCCUACGAUGCUUUGUAUCUGUACGGCGGCGAGUUCUCAGAUACGCCGAUUGCAUCUCCCGUGCCCUUCUCCUUGUGGGCAUAUGACAUCUCCUCAUCGACAUGGUCCGAGUCGUCGAAUCCGCAAACAAGUGCUGGGCAGAAUUCGGAGCCGGCAGGGCAACCCGUCCAACGUGCUGCCGAGGGCGCUGGGGUAUCGGUACCAAAUCUCGGUCGAGGCUACUAUUUCGGUGGCCAUCUCGACUUUUUGACCACACCGGGGUGGUCCGAGUCGGUUGCACGUGUCUAUCUUCGGGGCAUUUUGGAGUACACCUAUCCCGGCUACGGCAAUGCUGCGGUGAAUGGUGGGCAAAAGGCGGGAUCCUCAGGGAUAUAUCGCAACAUCACUCAAGGUGGUACGCAGGAUUCAGCAGGCUUCCCCGAACGGGCAGACGGCCUUCUUGUUUACGUGCCCGGGUAUGGGAAAUCAGGAAUCAUUCUGGGCCUUGCAGGUGGCACGAAUGCGACAUUCACUCAGAUGAACGUGAUAGACGUGUACGAUAUCGACUCGUCCACCUGGUACAAACAAGCCACGUCAGGCCCGACGCCCGACAUUCGAGUCAAUCCGUGUGCCGUGGCGCUGUCUGCUGCCGACGGAAGCUCUGUUCAGGUCUAUAUGUACGGGGGCCAGAACCUGCUACCCUACGGCGAACAAAAGCAGUAUGAUGAUAUGUGGAUUUUGACCAUCCCGUCUUUCACGUGGAUUCAAGUCGACACCACCAACCAAGCGAAUCCUCCUGGGCGAGCUGGACACAUGUGCAAUGUUUGGAACGCUCAAAUGGUGGUGGUUGGAGGAUAUGUUGGCCAGGACCUCUCAUGCGACAGCCCGGGAAUCUAUGUCUUCAACACCAGCUCCCUUCAAUGGCAAAGCGGAUAUAUUGCAUUGCAGACAGAUGACAACCUCAACAGGCAGGAAAGCCAGCAAGAUGAUCCUGCAGCCUUGCAAGGGUCAUUUGGAUACUCGGUCCCGGAAGCUGUUCAGUCUGUGAUCGGGGGUAACGGUGUGGGAGCUGCCACUGUCUCUGCUCCUGCUCAGUCGGCCACUCAAGGACCUCUAGCAACAGGAACACCACACAUCUACACGGUCACCCAGUCUGGUGGAGCUGUAGCCACCGAGACUGCCGCUCCCACCGGAACAAGCGGCACCAGUGGUACUAGCAGUGGUCCAGGCGGCAGCGGUGACCACGGAGGCUCUUCGAGUGGCACCAAUGUUGGAGCGAUCGUCGCCGGAGUCAUUGCUGGCGUCCUUGCCGUCGUGGCGGCCUAUCUCGCAUUCUGCGUCUGGCUCUAUCGUAAGCAGCUCAAGCUCUACAAGAACCACGUGUCCAUGGCUCAAAGGCAGGAUCUCGCAGGCGAUCCCCGAUUCAUUGGCGCGGGGUUCGCAGCCGGUGCUGGGAGAUACACGGACAAAAGCCAGUCUAGUGACAGCCGCCACAGCGCGGACAAUCGCAGCGGCAGCAGCGGAGGACGCGCUAAUCAGUUAUCCAGCAACAACCCGUACCGAAACGUCCCUGGGGGCGCUGGGUCGGCCACGGCGGCUAGCAGCACGGAAGACCUCAUGGCUGGUCAGGAGCCCAGUUUCUUGGGCGUGGUCCUGAACCCCAGACGGAGUCUGAGGGUGGUGAACAGAGAUUAG